AUGUGGAGUUCACGGCUGGGCCGUCCCCGGCCGCUGGCCUGUGGGGUGGAGGAGCUGCGGCGCCGCCGGCGGGAGCGGGAGGCCGCCCUGCGGAAGGCGCGGAGGGAGCAGCAGCUGGUCAGCAAGAGGCUGCUGCGGGAAGACGUCCCGGAGGAGGCGGCAGGCGAGGGUGCCGACGCACCACUUGGGGAAGCGGAGGUCCAGCAGUUCCUGCGCUUGGCCCAACGGGGAACAGAUGAAAAGGAGAGAGAAAAGGCUCUGGUCAGCCUUCGUCGAGGCUUGCAACAUCCUGACACACAGCAAACCUUCAUCCGGUUGGAGGGCAGCAUGCGCAUCCUUGUCGGGCUCCUGACCAGCAACCGGGCCCUGUUGCAGCUUGAGGCAGCUCGAUGCCUACAUGAGCUCUCUCAUUCUGAGCAGUCUGCAGUGGCAGAGGCCUGCCUGCCAGCCACUUCGUACCUCCUUACCUACCUCUCUGGCCACAGCUCAGACUUCAUAGAGCUGUGUCUGUACACAUUGGGGAACCUCAUUGUGGAGAGUGAGGCUGUGAGAAAGCAGCUAGUACCACAGGGCAUUAUUCCAGCCUUGGCUGCCUGCAUCCAGUCACCCCAUGUGGCUGUGCUGGAAGCCCUUGGAUAUGCCUUGUCUCAGCUUCUGCAAGCUAAGGAAGCUCCAGAGAAGAUCAUUCCCUCUUUUCUGGACUCCACUCUUCCCCAACACAUGCUGCAAUUGAUGCAGCCUGGCCCAAAGCUGAACCCCGGGGUUGCUGUGGAGUUUGCAUGGUGCCUUCACUACAUCAUUUGCAGUCAGGUCAACAAUGCCCUGCUCAUCACCCAUGGGGCUCUGUCUACUCUGGGGUUGCUGCUGUUGGACUUGGCUGGGGCUGUGCAGAGAACGGAUGAUGCAGGAUUGGAACUGCUUGUAUGCCCUGUGCUUCGGUGUUUAAGUAACCUGCUAACAGAAGUGCCAGUGGAGGCGGUGGGAGGGCAAAUGCUGCUCAGAGAUGAACGUAUUGUGGCAGCCUUAUUUAUCCUUCUCGAGUUUUUUCUUCAGAAACAGCCCAGCUUACUGCCUGAGGGCCUCUGGCUCCUCAACAAUCUCACUGCAAACAGUCCUACUUUUUGUACCUCCUUGCUCUCGCUGGACCUCAUAGAGCCCCUUUUGCAGCUGUUGCCACUAUCUAAUGCGGUGAGCGUAAUGGUGCUGACAGUUCUGUGCAAUGUUGCAGAGAAGGGUCCAGCUUACUGCCAGCGCUUGUGGCCAGGGCCGUUGCUCUCCUGCUUGCUCAACAUACUGGCCCUCUCUGAUACUGAAGUAGUAGGCCAGAGUUUGGAGUUGCUGCAGCUGCUGUUCCUUUAUCAGCCAGAGGCUGCCCAGGCCUUCCUGCAGCAGUCAGGGCUGCAGGCUCUGGAAAGGCAUCUGGAAGAAAUCCAGCUUCGGGAUAGAGUACAUGCUGUCCAGCACACAGCUCUUCAUGGAUGACAUGGCUUCUCUGUCACACCAGUCUUCCCCAUGGACUAUUUAAUCUGCAGUCUUGGAUCCUGCCUUAGCUCCCCUCACGCUCCUCUUUUGCUUUUGCAACUGUUGGUUGUUUGCAUAACUUGUGAUCCUCCUACCUCAUUUUCUUCAGCAGAUUGGGUUACUGGCAUGUGAUAACCACAGUUUGCAGCUUUUGAUGAGAAAUAAAGGGCUGGGAAUUUAGCUUGAUGUCCCUGUGUUCAAUCCCCAGCACCAAGGGUAAGGAAUGUGAGAAAUAAAGUUUUAUUUUAAA